AUGGCUGACCUCUACCCCCCCUCCUCCUACCCCUCCCGCCAACAGCAGUAUCCACGACACCACGACAACCAGUACCCCCAGCUCAACACAAAUGCCCUCGUCUACGGCCAGCAGAUCAUCUCCAACGGCCACUCCAGCUCCAGCACAGGCAGCCCAACAGACGACUCCCCAGACCACCCAAAGUCCCCAGACCACCACCAGCCCCAGAAGACAGAGUCGAAACCACAGGCUACCUUCCUCACAAAGCUAUACGCUCUCCUCGAACGCCCCGAAAAUCACCACAUGAUUCGCUGGGAUCCUGCUGGAGAACAUAUCAUCGUCGAGCGCCCAGAACAGCUUGCCCUCCAUGUCCUCCCCAGCAUAUACCGUCAAUCGAGAUUUGCCAGCUUCUCCCGGCAACUAAAUAUUUAUGGUUUCAUGCGCAAGGUAAACCUCCGUAACGUAGAUCCUGCCAUAGAUGACCCAGACGCGAGCACCUGGUCCCAUCCUACCCUCAACCGUCACUCUCCUCCAGAAGUCGUAGCAAACUUUAAACGCCGCGUUCCUCCUCGUCUCCCUAAACCCAGAAAACGUGAUGCACAGGAGGCCCCUACCAUCCCUCCUCCCCGUUCUGCCAUCGGCAUGGGCCCUGUCCCCCUCACCGUCCCAUCCUCUGUCGGUCCUCCCUCCCACAAGGGCCUCUCACAAGGUGGACGCGCGCGUGGCUUCUCUGCCCCAGGCUCAUUCACCCCUCUCAGUCAAGGUGGUGCUGCGGGCUGGGGCACGAGCUAUCCCCGUUCCGCCUUGCCCCCUCUCACCGUGCCCUCUGAUCCGCCCAUGUCGCAUCACAGCAUGUACAACAACCACCACUCCCACUCCUUGCACCCCAUCACCCCUACAGAUGACUCCCCCACCACUGGCGGCUUCAACUCGAUGGGUGGGGGCUAUUCCCAGCACUCCAACCGUGACAUGAUGGUGUCGUCCUCGCAAUACCCCUACACGGAGCAGAACUGGUCGUUCUCGCCCGUGAGCAAUAGCAGCUCCUCGAGUCACUCGGGCAGCUUGUCUUCGCUGCUCAACCCAAGCAGCACCGGAUACCCCGCUCGUCCUACCCCGACGAUCAACACCUCUUAUACCUCGUCCUUCUCGGCUAUGCCUAUGCACAACGACCACAGCGCCUCGUCGCUUUCCCCCGACAGCCGGCCUACUACCGGCUACUCGAUCUCGUCUGUCUCGUCGCUGCCGUACGACGACAAUGCGCCAUCGCAGCAUCAUAUGCACCACGAUUACUCGCGUCCCAACUCGAGUCAUCACCGUCCGAUCUCGCCCACGCGUCCGUCGUCGAGCAAGCCUGGCUACGUGAACGGUGGUUCCUUGAGCAUCCGUCGCCCUCGCCGCCACAGCCAGGCCAUGAGCCCAUACCCAAGCCCAUACGAGCAACACCCGUCUGAGCGUCCGUCGUCGUCGCCCCAGCCCUUGGACGAACACCAGGGUGGGAUGCCACGUGUACGAAGCAUGAUCCAGUUGCCAUCGGUGGAUUCUUACGGCUUCAACCCCAGUCAAGCUGAGUUUGCGUAUUCAGCUGUGCCUGGUGCGGUUGGCAGCACUGCGUCCAUCGAUUCGAUGGAUGGCCAUGGAUGGCACCACGGAGGUCGGUCUGUGCGCCCGUCGACAAGUGGAUCGUCUAUCAGUGCCGCAUCGCAUACGUCGUCGUCGCAGGCGAACACGCCCCCUCUGGGAGACAGCUAUGGUGGAGAGACGGACAUUAAUCGAUUCUCGCCCGACUUCGGCUUUGUCGCGAUGAAUGAACACCUUCCCCAUUAUACAAAAGUGUCAGGUGAACUCUAG